CUCACACACCGCCUGAACCGGCGGACGGAGCGGAGGGACGGAGGAGUUGAAUGCGGUGCAAGCUACGGGCACAAAGUGAGCCCCAACUAGUGCACCGUGGAGCAGUUAUGCAUUCAACCAAUAGAUGCUUUCAUUUGGAUAAGUGAACUCUUUUGAACAGAGUUGUGGAUUGGCUCCCUGUGCUGUAGCGGUGUGAAUGGAGAGGAUGAUGUGCACCUAAGGCAGUCCUCCUUGAAACCAGCUUUAAGAUGAGCCAAGGGCCAAACCUCGUCCUGGAGUGGCUGUCCAAGCUCCAUCUGGCCCAGUAUGUGGAGGCGUUCAUUGACAAUGGGUAUGAUGAUUUGGAAGUUUGCAAACAGAUCGGGGAGCCAGACCUGGACGCCAUAGGGGUCCAGAUCCAGUACCACAGACACAGGCUGCUCACAGCAGUGCACAGGCUAAAAUAUGAGGACGAAAGGAAAGCGCCCGGCUACUAUUUCACCUUAGAGCCCCUGGAUCCCUCUACCCGCAACCACACUUUACACUCGGACAGAGAAGAUGACUUCAGGACUUUGAAGUCACAGUCACGGACCACAGGAAUGCACGAGGCCUCCUGUCCUGGAAACCAUAACCUGAGAUUCACAGACUGUAAUGACUUUGUGACUUAUCCCAAGCUGAAGCUGAAGGUGCUGUUAAGGGAUAAACUUGCAAAAGAUGGAAUCAACCUGGGCGAAGCACCUUACACUCAUAAGGAUGGCUCAGGGGGGAACUUUGAUGACCUGGCUCAGGAGUAUUCUCAGUACUACGGCACCUCCCUCAGCGACGUGUGUGAAAGGAUGGAGGAGAUACGGAAACGCAAAGUAGUGCAAGAUGCAGAGAUGGGAACAGUUGACUCAGCGGCCACAUCAUUGCAGCUUCGCUCUCAGAUCCAGGAAUCCCUUGGACUCAGCAGUACGACGUCCACACCAGAGACUGAAAGAAGGUUUCCUGUGCACAAAUCUAGCUCUGAUGAUGGAUCAGGGGGAAAAUGGGAUGGAAAGAGAAAGAGCAAGUCUUUUUGGCAGAGUUUUCGAAAGUCACAGAAAGGAGUGGUGCGUCAGAUUUCAAAAGGUGAUGACGUUGGUUUUGUGGCCAGUGAAAUCACCAUGAGUGAUGAAGAGCGUAUCCAGCUGAUGAUGAUGGUGAAGGAGAAUAUGAUCUCUAUAGAGGAAGCCUUGGCACGGCUGAAGGAGUUUGAAGUACAAAACAGACAGACGUGCAGGUCCGAUCCCACAGAAUGGACCGAUCCCUCCAGUCCCACCACAAAUGAGUCAUUCAACUGCAACCCUUGUGACCUGUCAGACAAUGAACAAGAGGAAUCUGUGACGUUCAGGAGACUCCAUAAACUGGUCAACUCAACCCGGAAGGUGAAGAAGAAGCUGAUCAGAAUUGACGAGUCUAAGAGGCCUGGAGCGGAGGAGAGCUUAAUGAUAGAUGGUCUUGAUUUUGGAGAUGCCAGCGCCUCCCUGUACUCGGGUGUGCAGAAGAAGCUUUCUGUUUGCCCCGUGGACUCCCUGGCUUCAGCUCUGCGGGACCAGCUCACCUAUGACAGGGACUCCGACAGCCUGACCACCUCCCCCUCCUCCAGCAGCCUGGACACCUGCAGCAGCCAGAAGAUCUUCCAGGCCUUAAGCAAGUGUGGAAGCCCUGUUCAUCAGGAGACAAGUGUAGCAGUGGAGGUGAGGGAGGCAGGUGAAGGCAGUGGCUCUUCCUUUUCUGAAAUGGAGGGUAGCAAUAAUGAGGAACCCAAACUUGCUCGCUCAGUGACCGAUGGAGAGCUCCGUCACCGGAUCCUCAGCCCGCUCAGCCAACAUGGGAGGGCUUGUAGCUUUGGAGGUUUUGACCUGACCAACCGCUCACUGCAUGGGGUCACCUCUAACAGCGACAACAUCAAUAAAGAUGGAGAUGGUGUGAGAGAUCCCGUUAAGUCUCCAACAACAUCUCGUAUCUCCCUCGGCAAAAAAGUAAAGUCUGUGAGAGAAACUAUGAGAAAACACAUGUCGAAGAGAUACCACUGUUCUCUCUCCGAACAGUCAAGCCCCGACCGCAUAUCCAGCUGCCCUCACUCACCUCCGACGGACUCUGACUCUUUGGAGAAACCCAAACUGAAGCCAGGAGGGUCUGUGGAAAGCCUAAGGAGUUCCCUCAGCGGACAAAGUUCCAUGAGUGGUCAAACUGUUGGCACAACUGACUCCUCCAACAGCAACAGAGAGAGUGUGAAGUCUGAGGACGGGGAGGAGGAUGAGCUGCCUUACCGCGGACCCUUUUGUGGACGCGCUCUAGUUCAUACUGACUUCACCCCCAGUCCCUACGACACAGACUCGCUCAAACUUAAGAGCGGAGACGUCAUCGAUGUCAUUAGUAAGCCUCCGAUGGGUACAUGGAUGGGGAUGCUCAACGGUAAAGUCGGAACCUUCAAGUUCAUUUAUGUGGAUGUCCUGAAUGAAGAGGAGGUGAAGCCCAAAAAGACACGCAGGAGGAGGAAGGCUCGGCAACCCAAACCCACCUCUGUAGAGGAGCUCCUUGAUCGCAUCAACCUCAAAGAGCAUCUUCCCACAUUCCUUUUUAACGGCUAUGAGGAUCUGGACACAUUCAAGUUGUUGGAGGAGGAGGACCUGGAUGAGCUGAACAUCAGAGACCCCCAACACAGAGCUGUGCUGCUCACCGCUGUGGAGCUGCUGCAGGAGUAUGAUGGUGGGUCAGGAAGCAGCGACCCGGAGCGAGGCAGUCAGUCUGGCUCACAGGAGAAGCUGCUCCUGGACAGGCGUGGCCUCUCGGGAGACUCCCCACGGGACUCCGGCUGCUACGAGAGCAACGAGAACCUGGAGAACGGAAGGGACAAAAAGACGUCUUCAUCCAUGAGCAGGUCCUCCUCCGGUUUUGAGUCAAGCCACCUCCCGUCCCCAGAGUACCCUGCCCCCCCACAGACCCAGACCUCCACCAGCGAUAGUAACACUUCACUUCAAAGUAAACCAGGAUACCUGCUCUGUAUCUUACCACCACUAAGCCCCCCGAAGAUUAACUUAAGUCUCCCAAGCCCAUCAGAAGGUCAUCCUUCCAGAAGAGCCACAGCUUUGAGUCUGAGCUGCACGGAGCUAAGAAGAAACCCAGAACCAGAUCUGCUGAGGCGGAGCGUCUCUCUGACUGUCCUCCACAGAGCGCAGGAGAGAAAACUCAUCGACCCUAAAAACUGGAAUCUGACCCCCAUCGUCAAGACUGAGCAGAGCAGACAGCACACAGUAAAUUCUGAAAUACAUUGUGAGGUCAUGUUUCCGUCCUCCCAAUCUUCGACCACAGUAUAUAAUGCUGUGCCCAGCACUUUGAGCACAGACACGGCAAAUGUGUUUCCCCCUAAACAAGCAGAAACAACACAGAGCACAAACUUCCAGCUGCCACCCACAAUUCCAGCAGAAAGAUCCAAUGAUCCUUUAACUACACCUUCCUUACCAAACCCCCACCCUCAGCCUGUACUAACAGAGACUGCCUGCAUGCUCGAUUACACAAAUCACAUUUCGUCAGAGGACAAGAGGAGUCGUUCAGUUUCAGCUACUUCUGAAGCCCGCCGGCUGAAAAUGAAAAGAAAUAAGACGACGUCCGUAAACUCAGUGAAUCCGGGUUCCCUGAAAGAAGAAAGACUCCAGGUCCACAGUGUUGAUCUGAAAAUGGAGCCACUUUCUGACACAGGAUUGGCCUCAAAAGCACAGUGAACUGUUACUUUACAGAUGUUAAUUGCAGCUGUCGGACGCUGACCUUCUUAAAACCAUGGGUUCUUUUCCAUAAUGUUUUAAAGGAGCAGUGUGUAGGAUUUAGUGGCCUCUAGCUGUGAGGUUGAAGAUUGCAGCUAACUGAAUACCCCUCUGCUCUCUCCUCAUAUUGCAAGCGUUUCGGAGAACUAACUUAAAAAUGUGAAAGGCCCUCUCUAAAGCAAGUGUUUGGAUUUUCCGUUUUGGACUACUGUAGAAAACGUGGCGGUACAACAUGGCGGACUGCAUGAAGAGGACCUGCUCCCUAACGGGAUAAUUCUAAGUUUAAAAAACACAAUGACAAUUCUUAUUUUCAGGUGAUUAUACACCAUAGAAAAUAAAGUAUUUAAUACAAUAUUCCAUUUCUGCCAGUAGGUGGCCCCAAAAUCCAACACACUGGUCUUUUAAAUUUUUUCCAAAUAACCAAGGAUUUCUGAAAAUUCAACCAUGGAUUAGUAAUGUGCCAUGACACAUGUUCAUUUGAGGUGAAAA